AUGUCGAGGAAGACUCUGCCAAGCGUGUCGAGUAAUCCAUUCAAACAAGCGGACAAAGCCAGCAAUCCUGCAGGCGUAAAGCCAAAUUUUCUGGGGGCAAAGCGGCCAGGAGCCGGCGCCACUGCCUCGCCCAAGGAGAUUAUGCUGCACUGGUGCCAGGCCAUGACAAAAGGAUACCCGAACGUUGAUGUGAAAAAUUUUGGCAGCAGCUGGGCUGACGGUCUGGCGUUUUGUGCACUCAUCCACCACUUCUAUCCGGACGCAUUCGACUUUUCUACACUCAAGCCGGAGAACCGACGAGCCAACUUCGAGCUCGCUUUCAAGACCGCAGAGUGA